AUGCGCCGGAAACCGCGCACGCUAGCCUGGUUGGAGAGCGAGGGGGCGACUGCGGGAGACCGGCUGCUGGCCCUAAGGCGCUGGAUCGUGAGCAAGCUGCGACCGGUCAUGGCGCCACCCGCCGCAGUCGCCCGAGUCUUCGAAGAGCCCAAGGAGGACAAAGAAGAAGACGAGAGGUCAGGCGCCAAACAGCGCGUCGGAGGCAAGAAGCGCAACAGGGAGCGCUUCCUGGGGUGGAGGCUGCAAGUGGCAGCGCUACGGCUCACCUCGGCGCUCGUGGUGCUGUGCACCAACGCACACGCCCAUCUCCUCCUCGAUGAGCCCGGACCCCAUAGGAAGACGCGGAAGGCGGCCAAGCAGCGGCUCUCCUCCGAAUCGGACCUGCCCUUGCUCGCGGUGGUGCAUCGCGUGCUGAUCAACCACGCCGCCGACAGCCAGCAAUGGGCCGGCGAAGCGAGCGACGGGCCGGCGAGUCACCUGCGGAGGGAGGCCAUGCGCACGUUGGCCGUGGUGAGCAUGGUGCUAGAGGACACCAGGCUGGGCCUCGAGACAUGCGACAGGCUUGCCCGGCUCUACCUGGUCGAGUGGCCUGAGCCCGCCACGGUAGAUCGUCGCCUGUGGGACACCGCUGACGGCUCGGAAUCUAACUCUGACUCAGUAGACAACAGGGAUGAAGAGAGUGACGACACAGGCAAUCAGAGUGAUGAUGACGAUAACGAAAGCGACGGUAAUAUCGACGAUGGAGAGGAAGAGGACUACGUCGAGGACGAAAAUGAAGACGAAGACGAAGACGAAGACCAUGACGAUGACGAUGACGAUGACGAUGACGAUGACAAGGAGGGAGAUGAAGACGAGGUUGGAGGAAGAGAUGCGGCUCCUUGGCGCGGGACAAGGCAUAGGUUUACAGCCACGGCUAACGCUGAACGUGCUGAAGCGCUCAGCACUAUCGCUUUCCUGUUGAGCCUCGUCGACGCAGACGAACAGGUGCUGGCGUUCAUCGCCAGACACAAGGAAACGCUCAUCAGCACGCUCUGCGCCAAGUCCGAGCGCGAGCACAUGGCCGGUCCGUCCACGCACUUCCCUCUGUCCAUCCCUCUCUAG